AGCAGAAUGUCUGGACAACCUCAUUACAAGUAAGGAAGCAUUCCAAUAUUUAGUUUUCUGAAUGUGCCGAAUUUUGGCAUGUUGAAUCCUUAAAAUACUUAAAUAUCUUAAGUAUACGAGAAGGCUAUUAAAGAAGCUGUGAAUAGUGUGCAUUUAUAAAAAUUAGGAAAAAAACAACUAUAAUAAAUUGCAAAAGAACUGAAUAUACAUGAAAAAAAAAAAAAAGAAGAAAUUAUUAGCUCAAUUCCCACACAACUUCUACAAUUUUUGAUAUAAGUUGAUCCAUCUAGACCUGUGGAAUAGCUUCUUCAACACCAACCAAACCUUCAAAACAACGAGAGCAUAAUGGCCAUCUUAAAGAAAUUUUAAGGAAGCAUAAUCAAUAGAACAUAAUAAUUCCCAUAACAACCACAAAUACAGCGAGCCAUCCCAUAAAUCCUGGCAAAUCCAUAUAUGAACUAUGUAUUGAAUUCAUUUAAAAUUUAAGAUGGUCCUCCCAUAAGCACAGCAAUAACAACAAUUAUUACAAUACAAUCCAUUAAUGAAUAUGAAUCUCUAUCAAUAGCAGAUGAGAUAAAAUACACCGCAACAAUUUUACUAUCAAUAUAACAGUAUGCAUUCUACAUUAUUUAGAUCAAUGGAAUGAAUCCCUUACAAUUCCAUAAACAGAAAUUUAACAACUCCUCAUGUGUCCAUGUAAGUAAGAAAAUUCAAUUAUUCCUAGAAUCAUUCCCGCCAAAAGAGUUACUAAUGAGGAAGUUAAAUGCAUUAAUUGCGAUAACAAACUUCAUAUUUCCUGUAUGAAAUUGUAGCCCAACGAUGUCAAGAUGUUCGAAUGUCCAGUUUGCAUUCUCAGCAAAAUUGACCCACUCAAUCAAAUUAUUAAAGUUCUCACUAAACCGACCUUGAUGAAUGUUAAUUCAAGCACGCUCAGUUUCAUGCUUACUGCUGAAGAAUUCCAGUAACACCUAUUUAUAUAAACAUAGUCAAUUAUAAGAUCGCUCAUUUUAAUACUAAGUAGAAUUGAGAUCAAUAAGACUUGACGCUAAAUACAUGAAUGAAAUUACUUGGCCUGAUUUCUGUGAAAUUUCAAUCAAUCAGCAACGUCUUGUGGAACUCAAACCACUUAAAUCAAAUAGCAGUCUAAAAAAAAGAAAGGAUGAAAUUUAGAUCAUACCCUUCCAGCAUAAUAUUACUCUCUCCAUCAAAUAAGGCUACAAUCAAAUCAUUAUCAAAGAUGGACAAAAUUUCCAAGAACCCAAAACAUAGUUUAAAUUGUGUGAAGAGUAAAACCUUAUUAAUAUAAUAUUAGUGGAGUCUAUGCACAAGCCAUUUAUUUGACAAAGAAGAGACCACAUUAGGAAUUGAUCAAUCAGAUUAAAUAAAAUAAGGAGUGUCUUAAAACUAAGGAAGAGUGUAUACAACUCAUUUAAAAAGCCUGUGUGGCUGAAAAGACUGAUAAUGAUGUUCAAAUUGAUAAAAUCACCAUCAAGGUUUCCCUCAAGUGUCAAUUUGAUUCUUAAAUGAUCUAGACACCUGCUAGAGGAAAGUUUUGUGCACAUGUCUAAUGUUUCUCUCUUGAAAAUACCAUCACCAUUAAUGCUGGCACAUCAAAGAAGUGGAAAUGCCCUGUUUGCAAAAAAAAGAUUUUUGAUAUCAUGAUCGAUUAGUAUUAAUUGCAAUUAUUGGAACAAUAUAGAAAUAAUAAAGAAAACAUAAAGGAAGUCGUUUUUGAUUAAAAUGUAUUAUAUUUAUUCUAAAUCUAGGGGGAAAUAGUGUAAGAGAUCAAAGAGGAGUUGGAAGAGUCUGAAGAAGAAUAAGUCAGUAUCAAUAAGCAGAAUCAAUUAGAAGAAUAACAAAAACAAGCACUUUAAUAAUUAGCAGAUCCAACACUUCUAAGACUAAUUAUGUUGAACCCUACAACUCUGAUUCAGAUGCAAUUGUAUUAAAAACAAAUGGGCUAAAUUUCUGUCCUGUAGUAGCAACAACAAAUUUAAUAAUAACAGAUGUAGCAUAAAGAGAAAAAUGAAAAUGUCAACACUUAUUAAAAUAAGUCAUAGUUAAAAUAAUUAGUUGAAUCAAACUUAUCUAAUAUUGAAGGGAAGUAAAAUUCAUUACAAUAAUUAUUGACUCAAUAGACAAUUACGAAGCCUAAAUUCAUAAAAUUUAAAAAAUUUGAAACUUGGUUAGAUGAAGUAUCCCAACAAGAACUUGCUUAGAAGAAUUUGGAAAAAUAGAUAAAUGAUCAAAUAAACGAAGAUUAAUAAAAUUUAGAACAAAAUUAAUCUUAAUAAUAAUAAGAUUCAUUAUAAUUGGAAAAGUAAUAAUAAUAAUUAUCCGAAUAAUAGUAGUCAAUCUAAUAGCAACAGUAAUAAUUAUUAUUAUAAUAACAAUAAUAAUAAUAACAACAACAACUAUAACAAUAACAGUAACAACAACAAUAACAAUAAUAAUAACAAUAAUAAUUAUAAACUACACAUCAAGAAAAUGAUAAACCGAUAUAGAAAUCUAAUAGACUGAAAGAAAGAAUGGUUAGAGUAAUAAAAAAAUAAUUUUCUGAAUUUAUUAGAAAGAAUUUUGCUAACAAUAUAAAUGUUACUGCUGAGAAUAAUGUUAAAAAUCCUUAAUAGACAUAAUAAUAAUAACAAAGUGCCACUAAAAAAUAUAUCUAUAAACUUUCUGAAGAGAAACCUAAAAUCAAUACUACUACUCAAUUCACAAAAAUGUUGGCUGAUCAGAUCAUUAUGCAAAACCCUGGUCAAAUUGAAAAGCAGCAUGAAGAUUUGAAAUCUUUUGGAGAGGAGUAAUUAAAAUCAUUAUAAGCUUUUCUCCCUUAAGGAUUUACUACUCCAUAAUCUGUAUUUUAAUAAUAAAUAGUCAAUUAAAAAUAAUCAGAUUCUAAUGCUUAAAUUUAAAAAGUGUUAAGCAAUUAGAAUCCAACCCUUGUUGGAUAACAACCAUAACCAUAAUAAUAACAAUAACAAUAAUAAUAGCAAUAAUAAUAGUAAUAAUAAUAAUAAUAGUAAUAAGUUCCUUAAUAAAAAGUGAAAGAAAAAUCUUUACAAAAAAUUAAAUCUCCUCAACCCAGCAGCAGCCAUGAGGAUAAAAAUGGAAAAAAUAUGGAUAAUCCAAUUUGCAUAGAUUGA